AUGGCCGAGUGUGCCUUUGCUCCAAGUCCCAGACUACCGUUGGGCUCGCCGACAUCGUUGCAGUCAACCUAUGAUGGAGACUCCUCGCCCCUCCGAUCCAGCUCGUUGCCUUGCUCGCCACUUCGGAAGUCCACCAAUGCGACAGCCUCCUUGAGGCUGGAAGGAACCCCAACGCUUCGGCAGCAGCAAGCUUCUCGGUAUCUUGAGGCUGCAUGCAAGACUGCAAACUUCGCAGAACGAAGCCGACUGAUCAAUGACUUGGUAGCUUCCGACAUCGCAGACGAUGUUGAGGGACUGAGCGCCGCGAAACAACAGCUCCAGGUGGUUCAGAAGAGGCUUCAAGUCCGUGAAGCCUGCAACUUCGAGGGCUUCGCCACCCGGCGCAUUCAAAGCGCGCUGCGCCUUGCAGCCUACGAUGAGCGCAGAUGGCCGGCCCUGGAUGCAGCUGUGGAAGCCGGCGAAACGGCCACGGACAGGUUAAAGGGCGCGCAGUUGACAAGAGCCAAGAAGCUUGCUUCGCUGACUCGAAAGUUGCUCAACCAAUGGCAGACCGGGAUGGUUGACAGAUUGCAGGAGGUGGUUGACUCGCAAGAUCUGGAACAACUGAAGACACUGCGGCCUUGGGCAUCAAGAGCCCAGCUCACAGACCACCCAGAGGGUGCAGAGCUUGUGCAGCGCAUGGACAAGCUGAGCAGUGCGACUGCGGCUCUGCAAUCUGCACUCGACAUCGGAACUGGACCUGCUUUCAGGGAAGCACUGUGGAAGUCGGAGGAGGCUGUUUUGGAUCCAGCUCGCUGUGAAAUGCUUCAGAGAGUCGAAGCUGCCUAUGGGCCGAUCCGCUCCCGCAACCUGGGACGCUGGGCGGUUCUGGCUGCGCGCACGAACGGUGCCAAGGAGUGCCUCCAGGAAGCGCUUGUCGUCGCCCAGCGAUCUGGUAUCAGCACGGAGACCGUUUCCCAGUCUUUGGAGACGGCAGUCAGCGCCAGAGACAUGCUCUCCCAGAUCGCGCAACUGACAGUUGCCAGCAGGGAGGACGACAUCUCGAAGCUGGAGUCUGCGAUCCAAAGCACAAAGCAGGAUGCGAAAACCGGCCGGCGCCGCUCCAUAGAAAAGCUGCUCGCGGAGGUUCGGAUGGAGGCUCUGGAAAGAUUGUUCGACAGCAAGCAGAAAGCCAAGGUGCUUGAUGAGAUCAAGGCGACUGCGGCCAAGCGUGCAACGCAGGUCUUGCAGGAGCUGCCCAAGAAGAUCCAAGAUGCCGGAAAGCUGAGGAUGUCAGGCGACGUGAAAGAGGCCACGCGGUUGUACAAGAAGGCGCUGCUCGAAAAAGAGAUCCGAAGUGCCAUGGUCCUCUCGGAUGGCCAUGCGCUGCAGACAGCAAUUUCCAAAGCAGGCUCUUCUGCGCACGUAGACAGUUUGGAUCCGAAGCUCUUGGAAUCUGCUCGCGCCGCUUUGCGAGAAAUGACUCUGCUGGAUCAAGCGCGCGAGUGUGUCAAAAGCAACGAUACCUGGGCUGACUUGGAUGCAGCCUUUACGAAGCUGAUACAGGAGAACUUUCCAGAGGGUCUGCGCUCUCAGAGCACGCUGGGCCGCGCACAGGCGCAGAUAAAGACUAUGCGGGAGAAGCUGGUCGAGCUGGAGGAGCUGAUCAAGCAGCCCAUCUCCUUCGAGAACAGUUCCAGCCUGCUGCAAGAGAGCGGAAUGAGACAGCUGCGACUGGUGCUGGACAUUCUUCGUCCACAUCCCUAUUUCGCGGUGGUCAUUGAGUAUUCAUCUUCGCACAUGGCUGGUGAGCGCAUGAAGACGGUUCAAGACUUGCUGCGGAAGAGCUGCAGGAACCAGUUGACCCCGAAGCAGACGGCGGAGAAGAACAGGCAGGUGAAGCUAUUGUGUGAUGUGGAGAAGUGCAACCCAGAGAUCAAGGCAGCUCUCGUAAAGAUGCUCCAGAAGUGCAUCAUCUAG